AUGAUACCGGUAGAUCACUACUCCAUCUUCGUUCUUCAGCGACUCAGGGACGCCUGCCUCGUCCACCUCUGCAACGAGGCCCAAGCAGCUAACCAGACGACGGCAAUCUUCACUCGAUCCAUUACCGAGACACGCCGGGUCUCCCAUUUGCUCGAUGCCCUCAACGUACGCGCCGUUUCUCUCCACUGUGAUCUUUCUCCAUCAGAGCGGGCAGCUUCCUUGGGCAGACCCCGCCGCAAGGAGUGUCUUGCCAUUGUGACAACCGACAUAGCGGCCAAUUUUGGUCCUCUCAUGAUCCCCAAGGUCAACCGCGUUAUUAACUACGAUGUCACGGCGUGGAGAUUUACUCCCAAAACAUAUACGCAACGAGCCAGCCAUCUAGCUCAUACCGAAAAUCCGGGGCAGGUCAUCACCUUGAUAACGGAAAUUGAUCUGGAGGUCUGUCUGCGCCUCGAAAAAGACGUAGGUUUGAAGGAACACACGGUCAACAUGGACACGGUCAGGACCUACAGGAAGCAAAUUGAGGAAGCUGCACGCGAGGACCCCUCGCUUAUUGAGAGUCCUCUAGGUAGGAAUUAG